AUGAGCAUUUCAAGUAUCUGCCCAAAGUCACAACCUACUAGCACUCAGCAAGUCAGUGAGAAGCUACUCCAAGAUGAUAUAAGAAAUGAGUUGAAAGAAAAGAAGAAAACAAAGAAAGGAUUUUUCACCAAUGUAUUUCGCAGGGUCCUCGCUUGUUUUGCAACUGAUGAUAAGACCUCACAGAAGAAAAGGCGAAGUAAGAGCGCUUUACCACCACAAGGUCAGAGGAAGUCAAUGCCACAAAAACAUUGUCAAGUUGGUCAGCGCAAAAGACGCACAGCCAACCGUAAUAGUUCAAGAGCUGAAAAAAGAAAUGACUCUGCAUUUGAGUUGAAGAUGUACCUUGACGAUCAUUAUGACUACAUGCAACAUAUGAACAGACAUAAUGCAGAAAUUCCCAAAGAACCUGCCUCUAAACGGCAGAAUACAAAAGUGUCAGGAGAUGUUUUUUCUCUGCGAAAGCCAAAUUUUAAAAGAGAAAGUCGACAAGCAGACGACAUCCAGUGCCAUCCCGCGAAACAGCAGACGUCAGAUGACCAGGUGAAAUGUACUCAACAUGGCAAUAUUGGCAUUACGGAUGACUGCCCGAAGGCUCAAGCUACUGGCACUCGACAAAUCAGUAAGAAAAUUGUUCAAGGCAAUACAAGAAACAAGCUGACAGACAAGAAGAAAACAAAGAAAGGAUUUUUCACUGAUGUCUUCUGCACUUUUCUCGCUUGUUUUGGUGUUCGAAAUGAUAGAAAAUGA